AUGGCCUCCUCGUCGAGUAAGACAUCCGCUGCGCCCCAGACGCGCCAGAAGCGUAUCUUGCCCUCAAGCCAAGUUCCAUUGGCAUCGACCUCUUCCUCUGCACCAAAUACGAGUCUUCUACAGCUCAACCUUUCUGCUCGGGAACGGUAUUUCGACCGGCCAGACGUUAUCAAGGCGUACAAGGAGCAGUUGACCAUACAAACACCCGAAUAUACCCAGCUGAGCGAAGAUGCUAGCGUCGGAGGGCGGUUUCGUCCACGAGGGGUUGAAGAUCAGUCGACAAUAGAUACCUCCGAUACUGCUUACGAGAAACGACAUCGCAAAUAUGAGACGUUUGAAAAGCGGCAACGUUUGCGCGAGAAGGAGAAGCUCAAGCAUGAGCAAUAUAAGCUGAAGGAGCGGAUAGACCAGCUGCGUGCCAUGGACGGCGCGGCUUUUUUAUCACUACCCGCUUCAACCUUCACCCCGCCUCCCGGACACUCGGCCAACGGUGACGCCGAAGAAGACGAGUUUCCAGGCGCACACAUCAACGGCGCUGCUGCAUACAAUGAAGGAGAACGACGCCGGAAGGAAAUGCUUGAUGUUGCCCUGUCGCUAGAAGAACGCUACCGCGUCCUUUUACCACCUGACAGAAACAAGAAGCCGCCAGGUAAAGCUGCGACCGUCACCGUCAUACCAGAGCCAGAAAUCGUGAACGAACAGAUUGAAGAGGUCGAGUCUGAAUCUGAGCCUGAGGAGGAGGAGGAAGAGGAGGAGGAAGAGGAGGAAGAGGAAGAGGAAGAGGAAGAAGCAGAGGAGGAAGAGGAACAAGAAGCACCUCCCAAAGUACAGAAGCAAGCUGAGAAACUGAAACUACGCAUUCCUGCCAGGGCAAAGAAUAUACCGAAGCCGCCGUCAAAAGGGCCUUCCAAAGCCAACUCACAUUCGCCGGUCAAGAACAAGGCGAAACACGACGCCCCCAUUGUCGUCAGUUCUCGAGAUACGGAGACAUCGUCGCCCACCGUGUCUUCAAGAGCUCAGGCUGAACGCUCGUCUACUCGGGGGUCCGACAUACGGGUCAUCAGCGCUCCCAGUCCUGCCUACUCCAAUCCUGAAAUCGCUGUCAUGGAGGAUGCUAGAUCCCAUGCACCCGAGGUUCCAGCACCAGUCGUGCCUAAUGGACCUCCGCGUAAACGUCGAAGAACUCGCGUUUCCAGCCCUCAGCGCGGCUCCCUUCCGCUUAUUGAAUCCAUCUCUGCUCCCCUCCUACCUCGGGUGCCCAUCACCAUCGACCCAGAUGAAACCAGGAGCGCGCUCGUGCUUACCGCCAUCCGCACCUCGAAGAUGCCCAGAGCGAGGAAGGUCCAGAGGCAUCAUAUGGCAUUUGGAUUCAAAGUACCGCCAGAGAUAGAUGAGCUUAGAGACUUCGGGCUACCAGAUUGGGUCACAGAUACACAAAGCGUAAACGAUGAUUGGAAUCAUCUGUCAUCUGAGGGACUAUCAGGAGAACAUCAUCCGGACAGUACAAUUGGUGUUUCCGCAUCUCCCCCGGAGUAG